AUGGCCUGCUGCAACUCCUGCUCUACCAGCUUCUGUGGCUUCCCUAGCUGCUCUCUUGAGGGGAACUGUGGAUCUAGCUGCUGCCAAGACAGCUGUGGAUCUAGUUGCUGCCAACAAGGAGGUUGUGGUCUUGGCUAUGGGUCUGGCUAUGGUUCUGGCUUUGGGCUUGGUUAUGGGUCCGGCUCUGGGAUAGCUGCUGGCUCCAACUGUGAGACCACCUGCAGGACCAGAUGUUAUGUACCUGAGUGCUGUGGGGGUGAGAGCUGCCGCACCAGGUGGUGCCGCCCAGACUGCAGGGUUGAGGGUACUUGCCUGCCACCUUGCUGUGUGGUCAGCUGCAUCCCCCCAUCCUGCUGCCAGCUCCACCAUGCCCAGGCCUCUUGUUGCCGCCCAUCCUACUGUGGUCAGUCUUGCUGCCGUCCAGCCUGCUGCGCCUACUGCUGUGAGCCCACCUGCUGA